AAAUCGCUCCAUCGAUUGAACAGGAGGACUGAGGAACCUGUGGAGAUGAAGAGACCUCAUGACUACAGUUCUCCAGACUCAGACACGGAUGAACUCAUCGAUGUCGGACAGGAGGACAGCUACUGCCCUGUCACUGGGUCCAUGUCUCCAGGCAGUACCUCACAGAUCCUGGCGCGCAAGAAGAGAAGAGGGAUAAUUGAGAAGAGGCGCAGGGACAGGAUCAACCACAGCCUGUCAGAGCUCAGGAGACUCGUACCCAGUGCCUUCGAGAAGCAGGGUUCCUCUAAACUAGAGAAGGCUGAGAUCCUGCAGAUGACAGUGGAUCAUCUCAAACUGCUGCAUGCCAUGGGUGGCAAAGGCUACUUUGAUGCCCGUGCUCUGGCAGUGGACUACAGGACUUUAGGCUUCCGGGAGUGUGUUGGAGAAGUGGUGCGAUACCUCAGCUCUUUGGAGGGCGUUGAAUCAUCAGACCCCAUCGGUGCGCGCCUCGUGUCCCACCUUAGCCACUGCGCCAGUGAGCUGGAUCCUCUCCUCCAGAGUCCCGCUGCUCUGCCAUUCCCUCCCUGGCCUUGGGCAUCCUUUCCUCAGCUGCAAGCUGCAUCGCCUCCAGCCUCGUCCACUCCAUUUCCCCCGAACGCCCGCCGGGAUCUGGCUCCACAUGGGACGGCCACCAUUCUGGGCUACCCUUCGCCAGCCCUCCGAAUGGGAUCAUUGAGCACCCAGGGGACAAUACUGAACCCAGCGCUGACCUCCGUGCGUCAAUUGCCGUCCGUUCCGGGACAUCUUCACAGACUUCAACAGCAUUCCCCUGAGGGGCGCACAGUCCCAUCAUCUUCCUCGUCUUCCUCCAACUCUUCACCUCCACAGAUUUCCUUCAGACCCUUCGUGCCUGCUGGGUCUCCAGCUGGAGGUCGCAGGGCUUUGAGUUCCUCCAGUAAAUCUGCACAGGCCUGGGGCACAGAGAUAGGGGCAUUUUGAAGAACCUCAGGUUUGGAGUUUGGGACACUCUGGAAGCAAAAAGUACAUUUCUUUGUCACUUGGACUUAAUUAGCACCAUUAAAUGCUAAUGAUUUCCUGUAGCUCAAGUGAUAGAGGAUGUCGCUUGCAACAGCAAGGUUGUGGGUUCGAUACCCUAGGACUGUAAGGCGUGAUAAAUGUGUACCUUCAAUGCAAUGUAAGUCCCUUCAGAUGCAUAAAUAUGAAAGGGAAUAGCAAAGAAUUGCAAAGCUCAGAUUGAAAUUUUUAUUGAAUUCCUUUUACUAUUCCAACUUAAAUGGCAUUUACAGAUAUGAAAAUGUAAUAAAAAAUAAAGUCUGUUUACAUUAACAGGAAAAAAUAGAAGGGAAAUCAAGUAAAAAGUGUCAAAUCGAUACAUUAAAGGUGAAUGUGACUCUCAGAGACACCGGAUGAUUAAAGAUUGGCUGACAGCCAUUCAUUGCUAAGAACUUGGAUUUUAGCAUCCAGGUACUGGAACUUUCUAGAACUCUGAUCUUUUUAUAUUACGUGUAUUUGUUUACUCUGUCAUUUAUGCAUUAACUUGGAAUCUGAUAUGAUAUAUCAAACAUUUGAGAUUGAAGUGCUUGAGGAGAUUAUAUAAAGAGAGAUGUGCCUUAUCAAAA